CUGAUCAGACACGACAUCCUUCACCGCCUGGAUCUCGUUGCUCCUGGUCUCCUCCCUCUCCCGCGGUUCUCCAACAACAACAAUGUGGUGCCUAACCGCUGUAUCGUUGCGUUUGUCGAUGCUGCGGGCGUGCACAAGUUGGGGUGAUGCACACCCACCCGCACAGUUAGGUAAGCACAUUAGACACUCAAGAGGCCAAUAUGAUGUAAGGCAUCCUACCAUAACCCGUACCGUGUGUGACCUUAUCUCCUCGGAUGACAUCGCUGAGGCGAUUGGUGGUGUAGCUCUUGUUUUUCGCCCAGUCUUCUCGCCCCGACACAGCACCCUUCAUGUCGGCUGUCUACGGGUAACCGCCCUCGGCGGAGACGUGAUCAUCGGCACAUCAACUGAAAUGCCGGGAGAGAAUGCUACCCCGACUGGCCUCGCCUUCUCGAUACGGCUUCGACUUCCCCAUUAUGCACGGCUACCAGCAGCGGGUCUCAGAGCUGCAGCCGCACUGUAUCAACUGAACAGCAGGCGUUAACCCCAUUGCAGCUAACAUCCCCAUGUACAGUCUCCUGAAGGUUGCAAAGUGCC